AUGGCCACGAAAAUCAUCAUUGUACUCUUCGCCAGCGUAAUCCUUGUCGCCGCGCAAGAAGACUGCACAUGUGAGGACGAGAAAACUCUGAACGAAGCAACCGACAUCUUCAAGUUCCUUAAUGUACUAUCAGCUGAUCCAGAAAACGACAAAUAUCCCAUAUUACCAGCGCUCCUGUCGCCUUUAGUGCCAUGCGGGAAUUGUAUAGAGAACAGUCGGAAGAAACGCAAAAUAUUCCCCGAGCCGGCUGAAAAUAACAGUGAAAUUAAAAAAGAAGAAGACGAAAACAAUAUGGCGGAUGAAGACAGUGAUGAGACGCAUCCUUUCCCUGCACACGCGGGUAUCAGAAACAAAUGUCCUCUUGGUUUCGUGAGGAUAGGAUUCAUGUGUCUUAGUGCUGAUUUAUUGUAG